GAAAUCUUAACCCCGGUAACCCGACCGCGUCUACGAUUUGUUUCUGAAGGGGUCGUCGAUGACUUUGCGAAUUACAACAAAAUUACAAAGAAAAAGUGUUCCGUUGUAGUACAUUAUUACUGUUUAUCUAAUACGUUUUAUAGUGUAAGCAUAUAAAUACAACACAACAUGGCCGGAGCUAUGUUAUUCGAGAGAUCGCGCGUGUCGUCGUCCACUAACAGAGACGAAGACGUCCGCAUGACCGACAAAAUGGUUAGCACUGGCGAGCUGCCCGAGGAUGACGAAGAAAACAUAAGAGCCAAGGAGCAGGGCAUCCUGAACCUCGGGGAAAAGUACAAGAAGGAAGGAAAGGCUAAGGAAUUGGCGGAUUUGAUCAAAGCAACAAGACCCUUCCUCAGCUUGAUAAGCAAAGCGAAGGCGGCAAAACUAGUGCGUUCACUGGUGGACUUCUUCUUGGAUUUGGAGGCGGGCAUCGGUAUCGAAGUACAGUUGUGUAAAGAGUGUAUAGAAUGGGCCAAGGAGGAGCGGCGCACGUUCUUGCGUCAGUCACUCGAGGCAAGACUAAUCGCGUUGUACUUCGACACUGGCAUGUACACGGAGGCGCUGGACCUCGCCACGGCGCUCCUAAGGGAACUCAAGAAGUUAGACGAUAAGAACUUACUAGUAGAAGUACUUCUUUUAGAAAGUAAGACCUACCAUGCCCUUAGCAAUUUACCUAAAGCUCGUGCCUCGUUGACGUCCGCCAGGACCACCGCCAACGCCAUUUACUGCCCUCCAAAAAUGCAGGCCGCACUCGACUUGCAGUCCGGCAUAUUGCAUGCUGCAGACGAACGUGAUUUUAAAACAGCCUACUCAUAUUUUUACGAAGCGUUUGAAGGGUAUGACGGUGCAGACAGUCCUAAAGCGCUAACAGCGCUCAAGUACAUGUUGCUAUCGAAGAUCAUGCUGAAUCAGGCUGAGGAGGUGGGCACCGUGUGUGGUAGUAAAGCCGCCCUCAAGUAUGCGGGUAAAGAGUUGGAAGCGAUGAGAGCAGUUGCAACCGCCUCGCACAAGAGAUCACUAGCCGACUUCCAAGCAGCCCUCAAAACGUACAAACGAGAGUUGGAGGAGGAUGCGGUUGUCAGAGCUCACCUCGGGGCCUUAUAUGAUACUAUGUUGGAACAAAACUUAUGUCGUAUUGUAGAGCCUUAUAUGCGCGUCCAAGUAGACCAUGUGGCCCGAUCAAUCCGUCUGCCUGUAGUACAAGUAGAAAAGAAACUGUCCCAGAUGAUAUUGGACAAAAAGCUGAACGGCAUUCUGGACCAAGGUGAAGGUGUGUUGAUAGUGUUUGACGAGUCCCCCCUGGACAAGACCUAUGAGACAGUCCUGGAGACCAUCCACCAUAUGAGCAAGGUUGUUGAUACUCUCUAUCAGAAAGCUAAAAAACUCUCAUAGACCUCACAUGUAAAUUUGUUGUAGCAUUAAAGGAUGUAUAUCAAAGUAACCAUAAAUUUUCAGUUCAAACUAUUUGUAAAUGAAACCUAUUUUUUGAAUGAAUUCAAAAUUGCAUUAUUUGUACCACAUUUGUUAAAAGCUGAGCAAUAACUGAAAAAUAUUAUUUAAAAAAUGUAAAAAAAUAUUGUCUAGAAAGUGGGGAAUUUUCAUGUAUGCUACAGGCCCACCUUGUAUGGUGGUUUUUUUCACCAUAGCAUAAAGUUACAAUAACGCAGCAUUUUGAAAAUAAUUAUACUAAUUCUUAAUUUGUUUUUACAUUUCGUUUUAACAUAAGCUAGUGAAAAAUUAUAAUAUUCUGUUUUAUUGAGAAGAAAUAAAAGGUGUUCUCCAAA